CACACUUCCGGCGAAAUAGUUUGAAAAUGGACGAAAAGAAGGGACAUUUUUAGAGUUUAGUGAUAAAUAUUUCCUUUUUAUUGAAAGGUUGUGAGUCAGAAUUACGUUAGGACACUAUGGCGGUCUACUUUGACCACCGCCUCGAUACUGAGUGCUCUGGGAUCAACACAGAUGUAUCAUGGUUCAGUGGCAAUCCCAUGCUGGCUGUGACAUCAUACAGUGAUGAAACAGGAGGAGCUGUCAACCUUUUCCUUGAUGAGGGAGAGAGAUUACUAAAUGUGAAGUUACAGCGAAGUUGCCAGGUGACAUCAUCUGCAUGGCAUCCAACAAAGAAGAUAAUAGCUGUAGGGUUUGAGAAUGGUGAAUUGUUGAUAUGGAAUGCCACAGAUUGUGAAUUGUUUGAGGGUUUACCGCUACAUAAACAUGCUAUCACGGUUCUCCACUGGAGCUCUAAUGGAUCAAGGUUAAUUUCAGGUGAUAAGUCGGGUGUGGUGAUGGUUUGGAAGUCUGAUGGUAAAGGCAGAUUGCAACAGAACCCUUUACAUCAACAUCAUUGUCAGGAACCCCUCUCACAGAUCAUCUUUAAACCUCUUCCACCACCAGACCCUUCCACAGAUAUAGCUCAGCUGGCAAAGGCAGCUGUGAGUGGGGAUGAGUCGGCUUUAGACAUGUUUAACUGGAAGAAAGGGAAGGGAGGAAGCAAAACAGUGUCUACAUAUGGUCCACAGGAAUCCCUAUCUUUCUUUAUUGGUGGAGCAAGUGGUGGUGUGUACUUUGUGAGUGAAGGUGGCCAAUGCAGCCAGGCAUUUAAGGCAGAUGGUCCCAUAUUAAAACUGUUGUACUAUGAAGAGAAAAACAUACUUAUCACGGUAACAGAAGGUCUGUCAUUGUUCCAACAUGCUGUGAUGCCUGAGGGAGACACCAAGGAAAUGAUGAAGGUAAAACUUAGCGGCAGGGGAGACAAGCCAGUAAUUGACUGGGCAGGAAAAGGUAUCCUAGCAACAUCAACUGGUGAAGGAGUUAUCAGGAUGUGGGAGCUGGAGAAUGAGGAGAACUAUAUACUACAUCUUGAUGGACACAGUGGAUAUGAUCCUAAUGAAAAUAUUACAUGUUUAGCUUUCUGUGAGCGAAAAGGUACUCUGGCAGGUGGUACAAACAUGGGAAAUGUAGCCCUGUGGAAAUAUUCACCUCCUCUUGGUAACAAGAAAGUGGAUGGUGAACAGAAAUGGAAACUUCAGACCCCAGCAACAGUGGAAGGACCUGUUGCACAAGUUUCUUGGGGUUCUACCAAAGACCUGCUUGCCGUCAACACUAUAGCUAAUGUGUUUAUGUUGAAUGAGCAUGUGAUGAGUGCUAAUUUCAGGGAUCAGACUGCUGUAGUACAGUUUGGACCUAGUUCUCUGUCUAUAGAGGUGUUUUCUAAUGGUACACAUCAUGAUCUCAAAACAGACAUACAAAACAUGUCUGUUCUCUGUUUGAAUUUAAUAGAUGCAUUAGCAGUAUGGAAUGGUAGACGUGUGAUACUGUAUGAAUAUUCUGAAGAUAAGUCUACUAUAAAGGCAUCAGGCAGUUUUACCACAGAUUCUAUGAUUAUAUGUAUAUAUGAACAAAAUGUCUACAGUAUAGAAAUGCAGAAGGUGCAAGUUAGGACAUUCCAGGGUACAGUUAAACAGUCAAUAAACUUCAGUGAAGUAGAAGGCCAGCCAGUAUGUUUAGAUGUAUGUGGUACAUAUCUCUUGAUAGGAACUGAUAUAGGCAUACUCAAAGUGUUUGACUUGUCUAGAAGAGAAGCUAAACCACAUAGUCAUCCAAAGAAUCUACAUGAGCUGGUUCCAGGCUUUGGCAGUCUUCUUGCUUGUAAAGUCAACUGUAAUGGUACCAAAGUUAGUGCUGCUAUUAAAAUGCAGAGUGGUAAUCAGACAGAUCCCAAGUUGUAUUUCUGGGACAUCGAGACAGACUCUUUAUCCUACUUUAACUUUGAGACGGGUAAAGGUGAGCAGGAUGACUAUCCCCCAGAACAGAUGGUCGGCAUGCAGAAAGAUAGUGCUAUAGAAAUGAGUGAUGCUGAUAGAGGUAAAGACCAAGCAGCGAAGGAUAUUGCGGGUCGCUUUCCAAUCACCCAUCACUGGGACGCUCAUGAUCCAAAACUUGUUGUUUGUGAGGCUCGUAUCCUUCCAAGAACAGAUAAUAAAGAGGAGAAGAAACAGAAAGCUACCCUCACUAAACAGAUAGAGGAAGGGCCAGUUGAAGUGAUGGUUGUUUCAUUGUUCUGUACACCAGAGAAUGGAAUACUGAUACAGGACAGUUUUCCCCUCAGUGAUGACUAUAACUGUCUACUUGGUAUUGAAGUUCCAUAUCACUACUUUGUUAGAAAGAAUGAAACUAGUGAAGAUGAGAACGCAAACCAGGAGUCUGGCCAUUUAGUACGACCAGACACAGCCACUGUGAUAUACCCUAAACUUGUGUCUCGUACAACGAUGCGAGACUUUGUCGGCCUGGAGAAGAGUGAUAAACAAACUAGAGAAGCAAUGUUGAACUUCAGCUAUUACCUUACCAUAGGCAACAUGGAUGAAGCUUUUAAAGCAAUCAAAUUAAUUAAAAGUGAGUCAGUAUGGGAGAAUAUGGCUAAGAUGUGUGUGAAAUCUCGGCGGCUUGAUGUAGCCAGUGUAUGUUUAGGUAAUAUGGGGCACGCACGAGGGGCAAAGGCCUUGAGGGAAGCACUUAAAGAACCUGAAUUAGAUGCAAAGGUUGCUACACUAGCAAUGCAGUUAGGCUUAUUUGAGGAUGCAGAGAGACUAUUAAGGAACUGUAAAAGAUAUGACUUGCUGAAUGAAUUCUACCAGAAUGCAGGCCAGUGGGGAAAGGCAAUGGAGACAGCAGAGAUGUAUGACAGGAUACAUUUACGUACAACAUACUACAGCUAUGCUAAACAUCUCGAGGCUAACGGAGAAAUGACAGAAGCUAUACCAAAUUUUGAGAAGUCAGACACUCAUAGAUUUGAAGUUCCCAGAAUGCUCUUUGAUGAACCAGAUGCACUAGAACAGUAUAUACUCAAACAUAAAGAUAAAUCCUUACAUAAAUGGUGGGCUCAGUACAUGGAAAGUCUGGGCGAGAUGGACACAGCAUUACAGUUUUAUGAAAUGGCUCGUGAUUAUCUGUCUCUAGUCCGAGUCUACUGCUACUGUGGUAAUAUGGACAAGGCAUCAGAAAUAUGUAAUGAGACAGGAGAUAAAGCAGGAUGUUAUCAUUUAGCUCGACAACUAGAGAACCAGGACCACAUCAAGGAGGCCAUACAUUUCUUCCAGAGGGCAGAGGCUUUUGGAAAUGCCAUCAGAUUAUGCAAAGAACAUAAUUAUGAAGAUCAGAUGAUGAAUCUGGCGUUGAUGGGUCGACCUGAAGACAUGAUGGAGGCUGCAAGAUACUAUGAGGAUAAACCAGGACAACAAGAUAAAGCUGUCAUGUUGUACCACAAGGCUGGCAAUUUCUCACGUGCCCUGGACCUGUCAUUCCGUGCAAAGCAGUUUGGUGCUCUACAGAUGAUAUCUGGUGACCUAGAUGAGAGAGCGGACCCCGAGUUGUUACAGAGAUGUGCCGAUUUCUUCCUGGAGAACGGACAGUUUGAUAAGGCUGUAGAUCUCCUUGGUAUCGGCAAGAAGUAUUGGGAGGCUUUGAAGAUCUGUAUGGACCAGCAUGUUGAGGUGACAGAAGAUCUGGCAGAGAAGUUGACACCUACAAAAGAGGAGCUUGGUGGAGACACUAUGGAGAGGGUGAAGAUACUAGAGGCUAUAGCUGAGGUGUGCAUGCACCAGGGUCAGUAUCAUCUGGCUACCAAGAAAUUCACACAGGCUGGAAAUAAAAUGAAGGCUAUGAAAGCAUUGUUGAAAUCUGGUGACACAGAGAAAAUCAUUUUCUUUGCUGGAGUGUCAAGACAGAAGGAGAUCUAUGUAAUGGCUGCAAACUAUUUACAAUCUUUGGACUGGAGAAAGGAUCCAGAAGUCAUGAAAAAUAUCAUAGGUUUCUACACCAAAGGACGUGCAUUGGAUGCCCUGGCAUCGUUUUACGAUGCUUGUGCCCAGGUGGAGAUUGACGAGUACCAGAAUUACGACAAGGCUCUUGGAGCUCUGGGUGAGGCAUUUAAAUGUCUUGGUAAGGCCAAGAUGACUGAUGAAAGUUUACAAGAAGAGAGACUGGGUCAACUGAAGAACAAGAUAACAUUGAUCAAGAAAUUUGUGACUGCUAGAAGGGUUUAUGAUGAAGAUUCUGAGGAGGCCAUCAAACAAUGCCAAGUACUUCUGGAGGAACCAGACCUGGACAGUGCUGUCAGAAUGGGAGACGUGUACGGCUUUAUUAUUGAACAUUAUGCCAGGAAGGAGCGCUGGAAGGCUGCAUAUAAUGCUAUGGAAGAGAUGAAGGGUAGAAUAUCUGGUGUGAACAUGACAUACUAUGUGAACAUGCGGACAAUACAAGCUGUACAUCAAGCCCUGGAUAUACCUCUCAGUAACACGAUCAACACAAACAAGAUGAACGGGUAUAGAGCCGCGGGCCACGAGGAGGAAGACGGGGAUAUUGUAGAGGAGGAAGUUCCAAUGUAUAAUGACGAUCUUUGAAAUCAUUUCAACAUGUGUCUGUGAUAAAUUUCAUAAAAUAUGACUAAAUUGUCAUAAACAUUCGAGAAAGUUUUGUAAGAAUAUGAAACGAUUUCCAUGGUUAUACUUUCAAGGAAGUUAUGUAAGAAUAGUGAACAGUUUCUUUGGUCAUAAACUUCCGUCAGUGCAUGACAUCAGAAAAAUUUCAGAAACACUUCAUGAUACUUGUAUUACAUUGUUUUUAAUUUGAUUAUGGCAUUAUAUGUAGAAAAUAAGAAUAUGGGUUUAUUUAGGAAUAUUGUUUCCAGUCGUCCUUGGGAGUGAAUGAUCACAAAUCUGUGUGAACUUAGGCAUUUAAAUUUGUUUGAAUUUAAUUUUUUGACAUUUAAUAUGAUGUUACGAAUAUGGCAGUGUUAUCAGCUCUGACUCAUUUUGUUGGCCAUCUGUCUGUAGCGGUCUGCCAGUUUCAAAAUAAGGAAUUCUCUUACAUUUCUUUAUAGAUCUGUCCGGCUUCACUUAAGCGGAGCAUUGAGUUCAAUAGCAUUGUGACAUUUUUAAGGAUUUUAGUUUUUUUUCUCAGUUAUUUCUCUACAUAUACAAGAUGUUUUGAUCGGACAUGCAAUUGUGUAUUUGUCUCAAUGUUCACUCUAGUCAGCAGUGCUGAAGUAACUGUUGCCAUUAUUGUCAUGACCUGGUUCUAAUGUUAUAAAACAUGAAUUUGAAUACCAGUCCUGGAAUGCAGUCUUGCCAUUGGUCAAUUUUGAAUUUUCGCUCAUAAAUAACCAAUCAGAUGCUGCAAUUUUUAGACUGGUCUCCAAACUGGUUUUUACAGCUUUGGAACCAGGACAUGAAAUAGGUUGGACCAAAAACCAUUGUAAUUGGUUUGGCCACUGUUUAUAGUAACAGAUAUAUGAUGAUCAUUUUGUAUGAUAGUGUGUAGAUAUUUUUGUACUACAAACUUGGCAUCUAUGUCUGAUACGAAAAGAUGAUACCUUGAUGAUAAUUUGUGAUACAAAUUUUGAAAGCAUUCCAUUCAAGUGUGUGGCAUUGUAAAUGUCUUUGAUCUUCAUAAUCUGCGGGGCUUUAGAGUUAUCAUAAGGCAGUGAAAUUUUAGUGUUCGUAGUUUAAUUGUUAUGCAUAAUUGUGACUUUAAGGAAAAAUAUUUAGGCCCGGCAUGUUAUUAUUCGAGUGAAAUGUUUCAACAUUAAGUAUUUAAAGCAUUGUGUAAACUAUUUAUAGAUUUAUUAAUGUGAGUCAUACAACAUAUUGCUAUAGGAGGUAAAAAUCAUGGUGCAUAUGUACCUUAAAGUAUUGUACAUUGUGUAUUUGAAUGUUCAGAUAGCAAUAUGCUUUCUAAUGUUUUAUAUAUGUAAUUCUUUUAUCAAAUCCGUCCAUCAUAUCCAUUAUGUGCUUUAUUUAUUUCUCAGAUAUACAACAUAUCACAUGUACUUUUUUAUUUUCAAAAUGUGAAUCUCUAUAAGUUGAUGUUUUAUACUAGAGAAUUAGAGAGUCAUUUCAUUUAUUACUAGUUAUAGAGAGAGGUAACUGUAAGUUCUUGAGGUUGUACAACUUUUGUUUUAGGUACUUGUCUGUUAUGUACCAGUCACAGGUUGCAAACUUGUCAUGUCUCAGUUUCAAAAUUGGGCUGUGAAUUAACCAGAUGGAGGCGUAAAAAUUUACUUAUUUCAAGGAUCUGCAUGACAGUGGACAAAAAACCAUAUGACUCUAGUCCUUAAUUUUUAAUAUGAAUUUCUUCACCGUAUCCACCCUGAGAUAUCAGCUUCCAUGUCUUAAUCAAGUUUUAGUGGGGGAAAUGUGGGAAAUGCUCUGUUUGCAGUUUCUUAGCAGGAUUUCCCUGUGGAUUACAUAAUUUUGUGAAAGUUUAAGCAUGUAGCUGAACACUGUUUCAUAACCAGGGUACAUCGCUGUUAGUAUUUAUAGAAUGUAUAUGACUGACAGGUUGUGCUCUGUGUUCUGUGCCUUAAUGGUGUGAACUUUUGUUUUGAUUUUAUUUCGUGUUUUCCACACUUCAUUUGUUACCGAUAAUCUAGUAUACUUCUGAUAGAAAUUACUAACAUUUUGUGAAGUUUGCUCUCUGAAAAUGAAAAUUCAAAGUGUAGAUUAGGUACCAUUGUUAAAUUAUCUGGUUGAUGGCUUUUCCAGUUAAAAGGUUUUUUCUGUUGUAGACAGGGAGCAGAAUGGGGUUCAUUUCCAUCAAACAAUGAAUUCAUGGAGGUUUUUAACAAGUCUUGCCCAUAUUAAUCGAAGUACAUGUACCAGCUUGUUUUGUGAAAAGUUAACAAUAUGAGAAGAACAGCAUUUUUUGUACACAUAUUUCCGUUUUUGAUCUGGUUACGUAUAUGCUAUUGUUUGUUUUCCAUUGUAUAUAUUCUUACAUUAUUUAUUUCUCGCAGCUGUCAUGAUUACUUUUUUGGCAUCACAUUUAUUUUUACAUUUUAUAUCAUUAGUACAAUUACACAUGCUGAUUGAGUUUUUAUUCACAAUAUGAUUUCUAGAAAUUCUAAGCUUAGUUUGUUAAUGUAUGAAUAAAAUGAUAUAUUUUGAAUCU